CUAUUUUAAACUGAGGCGGCGGCUGAGCGCUGUUUUGCAGCUUCUCAAAGGCGGGAUUUCCGAGCUAGCUGGGCCUCUGAAGGGCUCAGGUGGAGAGGGGAGAGUUGGGACCCAUUGUCCCUUGCCCUUCCCCUCCUCCGGCAGAGGCCGACUCCGCAGAAGCGAGGGUCGCAGAGCUGGGUUAGCGGAAAUGCCCCUCCUGGGGUGAAGUCUCCGGACAUCUGAGGAAGCGAGUUUGUGUCCCUGGGGAUUUUAGUCUACCUACGUUUGGAACCAGAAUUGAAGAAUGUCUCUUGAAGCCGGAAUGGGUGACAGUGUCAUCACGGUAUUUUAUUGACCAUGGAUUCUUACGAUACGUCAGAAUCGACUCCUAGGCACAGUGCAUCCUCAAGGCUUAAAGAUUACUUUAUAGGUGCCACCCCUUUGCAGAAACGAUUAGAAUCAGUCAGGAAGCUGACUUCAUUUAUCCCAACUCCACCUCGAAGGAAAAUUCCUCAGUGUUCACAAUUACAGGAAGAUAAUGAUCCUCAAAAAGUUGCAUUCCUUCUGCAUAAACAAUGGACUUUAUAUAGUCUAACUCCCCUAUAUAAAUUCUCCUAUACUAAUCUCAAAGAGUAUUCUAGACUUCUGAGUGCAUUUAUUGCUGCUGAAAAGCAAAAAGGGCUUGCUGUAGAAGUGGGAGAAGACUUCAACAUCAAAGUGACUUUCUCCACUCUCCUAGGAAUGAAAGGAACACAAAGAGACUCUGAAGCGUUUCUCGUCCAGAUUCUGUCAAAAUCUCAAUUGCCAUAUGAGAACAGAGAACAUAAAGUGUUGUGGACUGGUUGGUUCUGCUGUAUAUUUGGAGACAGUCUUCUGGAGACUGUUUCAGAAGAUUUCACCUGUGUACCCUUAUUCCUUGCAAAUGGAGCAGAGACGAACACAGCCAUAGUAGGAACCUGGUUUCAGAAAACUUUUGAUUGUUAUUUCAGUCCCUUAGCAAUCAAUGCGUUUAAUCUUUCCUGGAUGGCUGCUAUGUGGACUGCAUGCAAAAUGGACCAGUAUAUGGCUGCUACCGAAUUUCUUUGGUCUGUACCCUGUAGCCCUCAAAGUCUGGACAUUUCUUAUGCCAUACAUCCAGAGGAUGCCAAAGCUUUGUGGGACAGUGUCCACAAAACACCUGGGGAAGUUACUCAGGAGGAAGUUGACUUAUUUAUGGACUGCCUUUAUUCACAUUUCCAUAGGCAUUUCAAAAUUCACUUAUCAGCCACAAGAUUGGUCCGUGUUUCCACAUCUGUAGCUUCAGCACAUACUGAUGGAAAAAUAAAGAUUCUGUGUCAUAAAUACCUUAUUGGAGUCUUGGCAUAUUUGACAGAACUGGCAAUUUUUCAAAUUGAUUGAAGUCUUGUGGGGACUAUACGUGAUGGAUUAUAUACUUUUUUCUCACUGAUUAUUUGCUUAAUUGCUGUGCUGAGAGGGCCUGCAGGAGAAAUAUGCAUCUAUCUCUGCAUCUGUUUUCCUCUCAGUGCCUUUGGAAUUGCCCAGAUGGAAUUCAAGAAGGAUCUAGAAGAACAAAGAAGGUGGUAGUAAAUGAAUCACAGCCAGGUGCUCGAUAAUAGUCAUGAUGAUCUGGGAUGCCAGAUUCUAGAAAAUGCUGAGUUGUUAUUUUCUUGGACCAUCUUUCUAAAAAAAAUGUAAUGUUUAUUACAUCAAAUUUUUAGGAUUCAAAUGAGGUAUCUCUAAUAUUUCUGAUUUGGAUCUUUAAAACCUUCAAUUCCUUUUAAGCAUUUUAGAGUUGGGUCCAGAGAGAAUUUCUGUCUUCUAAAGACAUUUUCCUAGUAUCAUUUCACUGUAGAGUGUUGGCAAUUAAAAUCUCCUCCAAAGGAAACUAGAGAUUAAUAUACACUUUUUUAAGCCACUAAUAUGCUUCUGUUUUUAAUACUGUUCAAUUCUUAUUGCAAUGUUGAAUUAAAUACUCACUUUUAAAAUGAAGCAGUGUUUUUAUCAGUGUCUUGGUGACAGAUCUUUAAUGUCUCAGAAAUGAGAAAUCGUAGGCUUUUUCUCUAGCACAGAUAUUACAAGCCAACAAUUAUAUGGAAUCAAAGGCAACUGUGAGCCUCUUUUGAGGGCAGAAAUUAUUUAACUUUCAUGUCCCUAAUUUUGCUUUAGCACAGUGCUUAGUAAAUAUCUGCAGAUUAAGUGAAUGCAUUUUAACCAACUCUUCCAUUUUAUAGAUGCAAACUAUGAGAUCAAGCAACUUAGGAGACUUGCUCAAGAUGCUGUAUCUAAAUCUCUAAAUCUCUUCUUUUAAUUUAUUGGGCACAGGAAGAUUUUGUUUUACUUUAUAAAUGAUGUUUUUUAAAAUUUGUUUGAAAGGAAAAAACUUUAAUAGGCUGUCAGUCUAAAAACAAAGGUUACUUUCUGGAAUGGGGUAUUAUUUCAUAUAUACCAUGAAUAGCAGAGAUGGUGGAAAAAGCAUAGGCUUUGGAGUCAGACAGUCAUUCCUUUAACUAAUAUUAAGCUCCUACUGUAUACUUGGAAUUGUAUUGGGCAACAGGGAUAUAGCAAUGAAGACAAAAAAGAUCCCUGUCAUGUGGAAUUAUAUUCUGGUGGAGGAAGGUAAAAGAUAAUUUCAGUUGAGGUAAAUGUUAUAAAGAAAAUAAGGCAGUACGUUAUGGAAAGGGGUGACUUUUUAUACAGUUGUCAAAGAAGGUCUCUCUGAGGAAGUGACAUUUGAGCUGAGUCCUGAGUGGUGAGAGGGAGCCAGCUAUGUGAAGGUGUGUGGAGGAGUUUGCUAGGCAGGUAGAAUGGCAAGAGCAGAGGCCUUGAGAUAACUAAGAACUCGGCUUCUUUGAGGAAUAAAGGAAGUCUGUGUGGCUGAAACAUAGUGAGUGAGGGUGGAGUAGUAGUAGAUCAAAGUGAAGAGAUUGUGCAGCAGAGACUUAGUCCAUUGGUUAUGUCUCCCAAUUUUUGACUGGGCAUGUGGCUGUCCAGAAUAAAGAUGACCUUUUCUGGCCUUUCUCAGGUGUAACUAUACCUAGGUAUAGUCAUAUGACUAAGUUCUGACUCACGGCCUAUACAUGGAAGGAUCGUGUAGAGCUUCCAGGAAUCUUCCUUAAAAAACAGUGGGCAUUACCCUUUGCCUUUUUCUUAUUCUUCUUCCAUCUUUUCUCUUUGGAACACAUAUAAUGACUGGAAUUCUAGCCAUUCUUUGUGGUCACGGGGAUGCACGUCAGGUCAUAGGGCUGGUAGAGCAUGGUCUGAAAGGGGUUUGUGCCUCAAGGACUUCUUAAAGUUUGUACCUCAUUGCCACCCUUGGGUGGUCUUCCUCUAGACUUACAUGUCAGAGAACUUUUUUUUUUUUUUUUUUAAGAGAGGGAGGGUUGUAGGGGCAGCGAGGGAUAGAGAGAGAGUCUUAAGCAGUUUCCACCUCCAGUGUGGAGCCUGACACGGGGCUCGAUCUCACAACCCUGAGAUUAUGACCUGAGCCAAAAUCAAGGGUCGAUGCUUAACCGACUGAGCCACCCAGGCGCCCCAGAGAAGUAAACUUUUAUCUUGUACAAGCUGUUGCUAUUUUGAGUCUCUUGCUCGUAGCCAAACCUAAUCCUGAUAGAGGCAGGAUCUACAUCAUCUAAGUUUUUGUAGAUACUGUGAAGAGAUUGGAUUUUAUUCUAAACGCAAUAGGAAGCCGCUGAAGUUUUAAGCAGGAGAGUAAUAUUACCUAAUCUAUGUUUUAUAAGAUAUGAGGGAGAAUGAGUUACAGGUGGACAAGAGUGAAAGGAAAAACAGUUAAAAGAUUAUUGGAAAUGGUACAAUCUCUAUGGAGAAAUUAGCAAUAUCUAGCAAAAUUAUGUGGGAUUUAUCCUUUGACCAGCAAUCCCACUUCUAGCAUUCUAUCCCCAAAACUCACUGGCAAAAUAUAAAUGAAGCCUGUACAAGGCUAUCUAUAGUAUUAGUAUAGCAAUAGUAUUUGUAAUAGCAAGACUGAAAAAAAUCCAAAUGCGCAUAUCAAAGGGGGAUUGUUUAUGGUGUAGCUGCACAGUGAAUUACUACUAUGUGACUAUAAAAAGGUUUGAGGAAGAUAUCUACUAUUGCCAUGGAGUGAUCUUGAUCUCUAAGAUGUGUUGUUGAAAGAGCAUCAUGUAGACAAUGUAUAUAUAGUGUGCUAUCUUUUAUGGAAGGAAUGGGUGAGAUAUGAGUUUGUGUGUGUAUUUCCUUUAUGUUUCCAAAAAACAAUGGAAGAAUAAACCAAAAACUAAUGAAAGUGGUUACUAAUUAGGGGGAAGGAAGGAAUUGGGUAAAGGGGACAGGAAUGAAAGUUAAAACUUAUUUGAAUGUUCCUUGUUUAUAGUUUGGAACCAUGUAAGUGUUUUAUAUAAUUAUGAAACAAAAUUGGAUCAAAAAGAAAAAGCAAUCCUUAAAAAUUGAAAAUAAACCUGACUAUAUUAAGUUCAUGCCAUAAUCACACAGAGUUAUUUUUAGUAUCUUUAAAUCCUAGUAUUUUGACUCUAUGUUGUCAUCUAUAUCUUAGGAAAAGAGCAGCAAAGGAAUUUAAGUUGUACUCAAGAUAACUGAGUACAACGUAUAACAACUGAGUAUAAAACAUGUAACAAUGUUAUGAAUCAAGAUAUGCAAUUAUAAAAUAAAGUAAGCUGAGUAGAAACUCUGUAAUGUUAAAUUUGAAUUGGAAAUACCAGGGUGAACUCAUUUAUUUUCAAAAUGUAAAAGUUUUUAAUUUUGAUGAAGUCUAGCUGAUCAGUUAUUUUAUUUCUUAUGCCUUUGGUGUUGUGUCUAAGAAAUCAUUGCUUAAUCUGAAGUCUCAAAGAGUUACUCCUAUGUUUUUCUAAGGAUCUUAUAAUUUUAGCUUUAAAUUGAGGUCUGUAAUCCAUCUUGAGAUUUUUAUGUAUGGGGUGAGGUAAGCAUCCAAAGUCAUCAUUUUGCAUAUUCAUUCAUUCAUGUCAUUCAUUUGUUCUAGUACCAUUUAUUAAAAAGACUAUUUUCCCAUGUUGCCUCUGUCACCUUUCUUAAAAAUCAUUUAGCCGUAGAUGUUUACUUCUGGACUCUGUUCUAUUUCACUGAUGUCAGUACCACACUGUCUUGGUUACUGUGGCUUUGUAGUACACUUUGAAAUCGGGAAGUGUGAGUCUUCCAGCUUUUCCUUCUUUUUUCUAAGAUUGUUUUGGUUAU